ACUACUUCCGGGUUUCGGCAGUCUGGUCCAUAUCCACUCCUCAGUCGCGUUUCCCAACUACUCGCACCCAUUGUACACAAACCAACGAGGAGUUGGCGACUGAGCACAGCAUCGAUCGAGGGCUGCUCCUUUAAGAAAGACUAAGCCUGAAUUAUCACCCCACCUCCUCCUGAUCUCCUUUACAGGGCUUUUGCGUUUUAAAAAAUCAACCCAGGAGCCGAGAGUGAUCAAAAGAAAAACGAGUGAGCUGAAUGUUUUGUGUGCAUUUGACUAUUCACAUUAGGUGUGCUAACCCGUGGAAGCGCGGCGCGGAUCAUCAUUCAUUCCGGGCUACUUUGACAAGCCUCGGCGUUUGAUUGACAGGCGUGGUGGCAAAAAGCCACGAGACUUCGCUAGUUCUGUUUUGAGGGGUAUUUUCAUACUGUUUUGUUGGAAAAUAAGACUGGGGUUUCUCUCCCUAUGCCACUGCCCUGGGGAUAGCUCAGGCCCUAUUCGCGGUUGCUUUGGACUGAACUUGAGCUGAAGAGGGCUGGCUUGAAUUCAUCGUUGCAUUUCUCUUGCAAGAAAUACGGAUUCUUGAAAGAUCUCGCAUUUGGAAUUUGCGUUUUUAUUUGUUCUUCACCCUGGCCUCUUAGGGGAUAUAUCCGAAGCGAAAGGAGAGAAGAAGAGAGGGACUAGAGGAGGGAUAUGGCGCAGCGGUACGAAGACUUGCCCCACUACGGGAUGGACGGGGUGGGUAUCCCCACCACCAUGUACGGCGACCCGCACGGUGCCCGCUCCAUGCAGGCCGUCCACCUCAACCACGGCCCCCAGCUACACUCACACCAGUACCCGCACACAGCCCACAGCAACGCCAUGCCGCCUAGUAUGGGCUCGUCCGUCAACGACGCCCUGAAGAGAGAUAAAGACCAGAUAUAUGGGCACCCCCUGUUCCCCCUGCUUGCACUGAUUUUUGAGAAAUGUGAAUUAGCGACUUGCACGCCCAGAGAGCCUGGGGUCGCGGGAGGAGACGUUUGUUCAUCGGAAUCUUUCAAUGAAGAUAUAGCAGUGUUUGCAAAACAGAUUCGGGCAGAAAAGCCGUUAUUUUCAUCGAAUCCAGAACUGGAUAACCUGAUGAUUCAAGCCAUUCAAGUUUUACGGUUUCAUCUUCUUGAGUUGGAAAAGGUACACGAACUAUGUGACAAUUUCUGUCACCGGUACAUCAGCUGUCUGAAAGGAAAGAUGCCCAUCGACUUGGUGAUCGACGACAGAGAGGGCGGAUCAAAAUCAGACAACGAGGAAAUAACAAGAUCAUCCGGGCCUCUUGAUCAG